AUGGAUUCUUCAGCAUCUGUGGUUUCUUCCCGCACGCCCCAGCCCGGGGAGGGCGACAACCUGGCGAAGAUUUGCGAUGAAAUGAGGUUAUGGAUUGCCCAAGUACCAGGAAUCAAGCAACAAUUUGACUCCUCUGAUGAUGGAGGAGCGAAAGCGAAGUCAUCGAGGUCGACUAUCGUUGUUCCGAGCAAAGAAGGCUCUCCUGAUCUAGAGAGCCUCAAGUUGACUACCCACAGACUUCCAGAGCCGGAGAAGAAUAACAUGGGAGAGACGAACGACUCAAAAGUCACUCAGUCUUUCCCAAAGGACUCUCUAAAGCCAUCCUCAACGCUAGAAGAGGUGACAAACGGCAUCGGCGAUGUAAUUAUAUCUAGUCCAAACAUUGGAAACAGCCAAGUUGGGAGCGAAAUCAGGAAUAUUAGAGAAAGGAGAACUCCCGACGAACGGGUUUCCGAUGCACCGCACCCUGCCCCGUUGCACAUUAUCCAAGCUGCUACGGCACCAUUCUCCGUCGGCAAACCGAAACUUGAGCAGGCUGAACAGAGCUGGAGCAUCAGCAGUGCUUGUUAUGUGGAGGAUAUAUCUGAGAACGACGCCCCCUGGCAUAAGCUUCUGAGUCAGAUGGAACCUGCGAUUCACGAUGUGAAUAACACCUGUUCACCGCCGCAUGUCCAUCACAUCCGGGAUCAAUAUGGCGAACUUCUAACUUAUGCAACCUCAAUUGGCAAGCAUGGGCUACUCGAAGCCUGGCUUACCGAAUUUCCGGCACCGUCUUCUGUAACAGUUCCCAAUGAGUGUCUAGGCAAUGACUCAUUUGUUGAGAAGGCUAUAAAUCCAGAGAAUGGAGAGUUUUUUGGUCCUAUUGUCCAACCGGACACGGUUCGUCGCCGGACUGAUGGGCCAUGCGUUGGCUAUAACGACAUCAGCUGGCGACAAGCCAACAUGACCACAGAGCUACAUAUUAAGCGGGAGGUCAAAAGCCGUGAGAGUAUCGCCACUGAAAUACGCAUGGCACUCGAGCAGAUCGAACCAAGACCCCUAUCCGUAGUUGAGGACGACCAGUGGCCAGAUGCCCAAUGUGUCAUCCGGUCCGCGACACCAUCAGACUUCGCUCAAAUUGCAGACAUUAUCAAUGCAGAAGCGUCGGCCACAAAAAGUCCACAGAUAUUCAAAGGAAGCGUUGUUGAAGGGGAAGAUGUUUCUAAGAUCUUUGACGCUUGUAGGCGUAAUUACCGGCCGUUUAUUGUUGCGGCUCCGGCAGAGGAUGACUUCUUGGACCAAAGCAAAUGGCCAAGUAAUUCUGGAAAAGUUUACAAAGAGUUUGCAAAGUAUAUGGCCGCACACCCAAAACCAGCUUCUCCAAUUGUUGGUUUUGCAUUUGUCACAGACUAUCAUAUGGGUUGGGAUGGAACUCCAUGUGCUGCAUCGCGACUUACCGGACAGGUGAGACUUGUGGUACAUCCCAAUCACCGGCGCAAGUUGUAUGGCUCUGCACUCAUGGAUCGAAUCUUGCUGUCGGUGUCUCCUUUUCACCGGAGUGCGCUGGACCAUGCUUGGAAAUGCGCAGCAGGCAAAGGUGUUUACGAGUUUCCAGUGACUCGCAACAAGCGCCAAUACACACAACUGUAUCUUGAGCUCUUUUGCGAGAAGAAUGACCCGGAAACUUACAAAUGGAGGACGGAGCUUCUCAAGAAGUUUGGUUUUCAAGACAUUGGGUAUUUUUUCAACGCUGUUGUUCGGAUGGACGAGCAGCAUCAUUGCCAGUGGUAUGACAAGGUGCUGUUGGCGACCGAGAUAACUCCUACUUCGAAAGUCAUAGCCAGAAGAUCGUUCUCCUGGUCGGAGCCGGGCAGCAGUGACAAUGACAUCGCACACACCUGA